UGCAGCCAUUUCGAACGGGUCCAGACUAAAUUCGCGAAUGUCGUUAACCCGUCGUGAAUUCAAAACCGGCUGGAUUCGCGAAGCAGGUCCGCACUGUCCUUCCGACUACUGUUUCGCACGGAACGGCUGCACUACGCCGUAACGAGUCUGCCUUCCAUUCCGUCACUUCCGCUUUGUCGUCAAAAGACUGUUCGCUCGCCACCUCGCCGCUGUUUAGUUAUUACUUGACUGCUUGGUAGCGAAGUAGUCACCGUGGGUGUUGGUAAAGGCCUGAGAGAUUAGACACUUCGGCGCAUGUCUAGUGCAUCGUGGCAAGAAAUUAGACGACACUCUAGAAGCACGACGCGUCCCCGGGGUAGGUCGGGCAGGAAUAGUCGCGACUGGCAGCUGUUAUUAUGAUUGCAAAAUAUAAACAAAGGAAAUCGCAUGCGAAAACCGUUAACGUUAGCCAGGCGAAGAACGAGGGGGUCGGACGGAUGGAAAUAUUGGUGGUUCUUCCAUCUGAGCAAGACUGCCAUCUUCAUCAUCUUCGUCCUUGGCUCUCCCCCCCUAACCAUCCUCCCACUGAGCCGUCCUCCCUUCAGCAACCACACUACCCCUGCUACUACAACCCUUCUGACCUUGUCCCCCCUCUUUGGAGCAGCGACAGCAGUGAUGGGGACAGGUGGAUGGAUAUGUGGGCAUGGAUGAAUGGGGCAUGGCGGUGGUGGGUUACAGAUGUUGCUAUACUUGCUAUGAUAGUUGCCUUUAAAUCAGCUGUGGUAGUUAUCUCAACGUAGGAUUGAAUGUCGAGAGAAUAAAGCGUACAAGGGUAUAAGCCCAAGUGUUGUACUUGUCAAACAUCUGUAUUUGUCAUGUUUGUAUAGACUGUAUAGGGUUACCGCUUAGAGGGUACAACA